AUGGUGUCACAUUCUGAUUCCCCCAUUUUACUAACACAGUCAUUUUUUGAUCUACGUGAUGAGUGCUACAAUUUAAUAGAUGAAUAUCAGAGGGUAGUUCGUGCGGAAGAUCGUUUUAAGGAUGCACCUCUUCAUCCACACUCAAAAUUAUUAGCGCAAUUCUACAUGGAAUAUGGGGAAUUAAAACAGUGGUUGUCUAAAGUUAGUGUGCUUUCAUUUCGAAGACAUACAGGAUGUCUUAGCCGUUCUGAGUCUUAUGUCAGUCAGAACUACUUUGGACAUAUGAAAGAUCGAGAGGUUGACUUCGAUCGCUUGUGUUCUCUUGCUUAUCAACUUUUGGAUAUAUCUGGUGAAAACUGCAAACCUCCAAUCAUUUACUCUUCUGAUUCAGUUCAAGAAUCCACUGAGUUUGAUGUGUCCAGUCGGCUUAGAGAAAUUCAAACGUUGUGGGGUGAUAUCACUGGUGCGGUGUACCCAAUGAGCUUUCUUCAUGACCCAGCACGUACACUUAAAGAUAUUCAGUUGGAUCUAGAAGAAACUGAAGCUAAGUUGUGCUCCAUUGAAAGACAAACUUGUCUGCUUAACGAUAUAAUUAAAUCGCCUAAUGGAAAAUGCGAGGUAACUUCGGCGAUGGGGACAUUAAAGGUCGAACAUAUAUACCUGAAAAGAGCUGUAUCAACUCUUCGUGCCGCUGGAAUUUUACUUUCGCAACUUCAUGUGUCACGUGCUGAAACUGGCUUUUGUUCGUUUACAGAUGAAGCAUCCAAUUGUCCCAUAAUUAGACUUACCAAAAUUAAAGAUGAACUACUGCGUAAAAGUUCAUCCCUUUGGAUAACGCAUGUUGAACUUCGUGAAUUCUGGAAGUGUGGGUCGAAAAUUCGAAGAUCUUUUGAAAGCGGAUUAUCUCGUUCUAGUUUGAGUUUUAGAAAUUUUCGCUCACUAAUUGGAUUAGAUCAUGCAACAACAAAUAAUCAUCUAUUCCCAUCCUCGUCAGUGGAAGAGUCCAUUCCAACUGGUAUGUAUCCACCAAAACCGUUAGCAGAUGUCUAUCAUUCUGUUUCUUAUCCAAAACUAGGCUCAAAGUUAUGGAAAACAUUGACAGAACAUCUACAUUUUGAAGUGGAUACCACCACCCACAUAUGUGAUUCACACUCCAGCGUUUAUUCAUUAUAUUGCCCGGAGUCAGGAUUUGCGAGUGAUACUGACCAGCAGCAUUUGAAUUCUCAUUCGUCGAAUAACGGUGUUGUUCCCCGUCCAUUCUCAAGUAAAUCACAAAGUUUGAAGUCUCCCCCUUCUCCAUUUCGUGAUAAACUUCGUUCUCAUUCUGUCGACUGUUUACAUACUUCUAAGACAAGUUCUAAUGCAGAUGAAGAUUCAUGCACUGAAUUAUAUCAUGACACAUAUCGUACACCGAUUAAAUCCGUCGAUUAUUCUUCAAUUGAUGAUGAUAACAAAAAGAAUAUAGAUUACGGUGAUAGGAAGUGUUUUGAAGCUUUAUCUAACCAGUAUCAACGUCCAAUCAGUUUUCGCUUUGAACAGAGAACUUCUUUUGGCCGUAUAUCUCAAAAUAGUGGAGAUUCUCGUGCAUCUAGUUACUAUGAUUUGGUUCCUUCAGUUGUUAAUUCAAAUGAUUCUCAGGUGAUAAAUAAACACUCUUCAUUGGAUCAAAUUAUUCAAUCUACUUUUAACAGUCCAGAGAAUCCAUCCAACAUGCCUGUUGCUGCUUCUGCUGUCAUUGUUAGUAAUAAUAAUGAGAUGAGUGAAAAACUGGCACCCUCGUCAAACUCUUCAUGUCUUAAUACUUCUGCUGACACUGAAUCUUCAAACACCAUGAAGUCUCGAAGAGAUUCAAUUUUAUCUUUGGAAUAUCAUGAGUAUGCAACAAACGAUAAUUUCGAUGAUACAACUUUCUCUGAGUUAAUUCCAUCAACUACAGAAUUCGAUUCGAAUUCUCAUUCAUUUGAUGCUGGAGAAAAAUCAUCUGAUUUCGUAUCGCCUAUCAAUUCGCCCAGUUAUCAUGAUAUUAGUGGUCAUAAUGGUGUUGCUGAUAGUCAUCGAACCUCUAAAAUCUCUAGUUUUAAUCAUGUUAAUAAUGAUGAUGGUGAUGACAUGUAUCAUGAUGUAAAACGAUGUGGUACUCAAGCAACCGAUAACAAUCCUGAUAUGUCAAUUGAUGGACUAGAAUGGGAUCAUUUAGGUGAUAUACGAGGUGUAAAGUCUAGUUUACAAGACAAGCGUUAUUGUACUUCAUCGUCUCCAAUACAUAACAAUGGAUCAGUUGAUGAUGAUGGAUUGAAUCGGACGUCAUCACCAUGCAGAGUAAAUGGAAAAGUUUCCUCUGAUGUUGACUCUUUUUCAUUAACACUUGCUGCUGCUGAAGCCUUAAUAUCUCCUCGUACACAACAGAAUGAAGCACAGGUUCGACGUCGUCGUAGUCGAGCUAUUCCCUCACGUAGAAAAUCGCAUACGGAAGCGAUUAUCACUCAUUCUACACCUUACACUGAAGUAUUAUGUUCUAGUCCAAACAACGAUUGCUCAUCUCCAAAACUAGUCAUAUUUAAAGAGCAAAGUAUCAAGGUUCAUCUGUGUGAACCAAUCGUCUCUAAAGUUGAUUCGUCUGUUGCUGUAACGUCCAAAGAAGAAAAACAUCCCAGUAACUUAAAUUCGAUAACUCUUGGAAACAGAAGUAUCUCUUAUGAUACAGCUGAUAUUUCAAUGAUUUGUGAAGAUGAUUUACUUGCCCUCCUUACAUCAAUACGUUGGGAUGCACUUCCGCUCAUCGAAUUUUUAUCACGUUUAGAGGAGACUCCUCAAUUUGAUCUGAUUGUAUCAAAGUAUACAGGAACUUGUGAAAAUCAACUCUCUGUACAAUUGGAAGAUGAACGUCGACAGAUGGAUAUUGAUAAGAGCUAUCUUACGCACUUUGAAAAACGUCUUACUCAUUGGACUAAUACAAUGGAAAGAUUACGUUCUCAGGUGUUUAUGAUUUCCUCACCAGACAAGGCAAUAAAUGAAGAAAAGAAAUUAAACACACCUGUAUCUGUUACUAUCAAUACCUUCAGUGAUUGGUUAUUAGCUCUCAAAGCAAGACUUGAAAUGGGAUUUUUGAUUUUAAAAUGGCGUACAUCGGUUUUCGAUCAUUUAAUAGGUCAAAGUCAUGAUGCUAAUCUAUCACUAUUGGCAAUGAAACAGCGUGUUCAUACAUCGAUACAAAGAGCUCAAGAAGCAAUAAAAUCAUUCAUAAAACCUUAUGAUGGCUUCACACAAUCCUUAAAUACUAUUGAUGGUGAUAUCAGGGAUGAGUCAAAUGCAUUUCACUGUUGUCUAACUAUAUCUUCCACCCAAUCUCCCAAUGAAGUAUUAAAUACGUUAGAAGAAUUACGCAAUUUAAACGAGAACUUGUGGAGCAUUCAAUCACGUUUGGGUUCAUGUUAUCUAUUUGACGAUUUCUGGAGAUUUUCAUUUCAUCAUUCAAAAAUGCCUCAUCAACCACAACAACACCUUGGUGAUGAUGAUGAUGACGCUGAUCAUCAAAGCUUACGCAAUCAAGGGGAUAGAAAUGAUGCAUUCAAUCGAAAUCUCUCAAUCAAUUAUGCAAUUUCUAAUCAAAUCCAAUUGUUAUGUACACUUCGUCAACAAGUGCUAAACGCAAUUCGUAGUCUAGAAUCAGCUAUGUUGAAAAAGUCAUCCAAUAUGCUUACAUUUAAAAAAGAAGUAUCCUAUGCUGCUCAAAAGCACAAGUUAAUUCAUUCUUCAAGUUAUUAUAUUGAAGACAAUCACAAUGAUGAUGAAAGAAUUGAUAGUGGCAGUAGUAGUCCAGUUGUAUGUGAACUAGUGUCUACUAUAGACGAUUGCCUUCUUCAGGCUACAACUGCUGAUCAAUCCUGUGUGCAGCUUUCUACAACUUCGCCUUCUUCAACCUACUCUUCGAUAACUUCUACUACUACUACUACUCCUCCCAGCACUCAUUAUGAAUAUGAUAAUCCGUCGCAUAGUUUAACAGCAUACACUAACCGGAAAUCAUUCAAUAAAUAUCUUUUACUCUUUUUGUCUUUGUUCAUUAUAUUUAGCCUAAUCAUUAUUAUUAUUAUUAUUUUAUUUAACGUUUUCUUAACUGCUGAUAAGGAGGAUAAUCACCGACGACAGUUCGCGUUUUUGUCCGCUUCGCUUAAUCCUUUUCGGUGUAAUGGCGAUUAUGGACCAGUGAUUGAAUUAAGUUUAAAUCGCCUAUUCGAGUAUUUCGUUUGUUUUCAACAUUCUUAUGCUAAAAAUUCAGUUUGGUAACCAUUUUCUCCUCUUUUUUUGCAUCUUUAUUUGUUUUGUUUUUAUAUUUAUUUAUUACAUUUCCUGGGGGUAAAUGACAAGAUGUCGAUUGGUUGGUUGGUUGAUUGAAUGGCUUCUGUGCACAAUUCUACAGACAGACACACACUCACUAUCAACAUCUGUGUGUGUCCGUCUAUCAUCCGUCUGUUUGUCUCUCAUGGUUCUGUUCUUCCUUCUUUUUUUUCGGCUGUGUAAAUUUUCAGAAGUUAUUAUUUUGCUGUAAUAAUAAUAAAAAGAGUUAAAGCUCGA